GAAUACAGCGACUCCUACUUGUUUGAAGACUCUUCUACCAUAGACACACUGGAACUACCGCAAGAGGGAGUCAUGUCCAAGAAAACACUUUAUAGGUCCACCAUGACCAAGAUGCUGUGCGGGUUGUACGCACUGAUCAUAGUAUGCCUGGCAGUUGUGUUCCCAGUCACCGAGGCCUUGACACAGAUAGAAAGGAACUUCAAGUACUAUGUGCAGAUUUUCCAGCUGUACAUCUUCCUGGUCUCCCUGGUGUUCCUGCUGUACGUUCACAUGUUUCUCCUCCGCCAAGGAGAGGGCGACAACUUCAACAAUAACAUCACGUUGUCUUCUCCCUACGUGGUCUCCGUACGUGACAUCAGCCAGCCACAGCAGACGACAGCCGGCGGGGGGCGGGACGAAAGCAGUAACGUCACGGAGGAGGAGUCCCCGACGUCCUCCAGUCCCGUGAACAACCUGAGAGAUGGCGUCUUGGAGACGGAGAUGCUGGGGGAUGUGCCGUUUACAACACACAGCGGAACGGCUGUCAAUUUCUACCUGCGUCUAGGAGCUAUAGUGUUUGGAAUAGGAAGCAUGAUCCACAAUGGUUUCCGCAUUGCCCAGUACUUCCAGUUUGACCGCGUGCUGCAGUGCGAGAGCGCCCUCUAUAUAGUUGUCAACGCGCUCCACCUUUUCUUCACGUUCUUUCAGACAUUCUUCAUAUUCAAAAAUCACUCGGUAAGAUAG